UCCGCCUUCGGGCGCCGCGGACUCUGCCCCGCGCUCCCAGCCGGUCAUGGCUCCGCUGCGCUUCUCGGCCAAUGUGUCCUGGCUGUUCCCCGAGCUCCCCGGCCUCCCCGCACGUUUGCGGGCAGCGGGCAGCUCGGGCUUCGAGGCCGCCGAGGUCGCCUGGCCGUACGCGGAGCCGCCGGAGGCGCUGGCGCGCGCGGCGCAAGAAGCGGGGCUGCAGCUGGUGCUGAUCAACACGCCUCCGGGAGACCGAGAGAAGGGGGAAAUGGGGCUGGGGGCCGUUCCCGGGAGGCAGGCGGCCUUCCGCGAGGGCCUGGAGCAGGCGGUGCUGUACGCUAAGGCUCUGGGCUGUCCCAGGAUUCACCUGAUGGCCGGCCGAGUACCCCGGGGUGCCGACCGAGCAGCAGUCAGGGGUGAAAUGGAGACAGUUUUUCUGGAAAACCUGAGGCACGCAGCCGGGGUUUUGGCUCAGGAGAACCUCGUGGGACUGCUGGAGCCCAUUAACACCCGCAUCACUGACCCCCAGUACUUCCUGGAUUCGCCCCAGCAGGCGGCAGCCAUCUUACAGAAGGUCGGAAGGCCCAACCUCCAGUUACAAAUGGACAUAUUCCACUGGCAGAUCAUGGAUGGGAAUCUGACAGGAAACAUCCGCGAGUUCCUGCCCAUCGUUGGGCAUGUGCAGGUGGCACAGGUCCCGGGCCGGGGGGACCCUGGCAGCCCUGGAGAGCUGAACUUCUCCUAUCUAUUCCAACUGCUGGAAGACGAAGGCUACAACGGCUUUGUAGGCUGCGAGUACCAGCCUCAAGGAGACACAGUGGAGGGCUUGAGUUGGCUACGUUCCUACUGGGAUAGGCGGGGCCGCUCACAGGCUGGCCAGUGAGGUCCUGCAGUCCACCAACUGGCCUCUCUGGGACAGUGAAUUGAGCAUCCUGAGUAUCCUCUGGAAUUAAAGACAACUUGCUGAACGUUUUCA